AUGACCUGGAUUCCCCUGGAUUCCCCUUGUGCUCAUAGGACAAACACAGACAUGGUGGUCCUGGGCAACUUGCCUGAAGUCACUGCCGCUGAUGGAUCUUGGACUGCGAUCGUGAGCAUCGUCACAUUCCUUGUUGGCUGGGCUGGCAUCCACCUCAAUAAUCUCUCCCUUAUGACCGUCCACACCUUCAUCUGCGUUAUCUCUCUCAAUGCCAUACUCGGGCUGCCGAUGAAGCUACCCAGCACACCCUUGCCUUCUCCCACCGCCCUCGACAUACGCCCCCAUAGCGAGCUGAGUCGCCGUUUCUCAUUCCUAGAGAGCAUGAUGACCAGUGCGAGCUUGACCGUCGACCAGCGCCGAUGCUCGCCAACGCUGAGCUUGCCGAAUGCAUUGCCCUCAGGGCCUUGCAAGACCGAGAAGACGCUGCCGCCGCACCUGCGUGUGCCGAUGCCUAUGGCGACACUGGAGACAGACCGCAGCAACCGCCUCUCGCGCAUGGAGCCUGGUCUUGGCCUUGUCCUCGACCUGCUCCCCAUCAAAGUGGUCUCUCCUCCACCGUCCUUGCGCGCGCACACGCAGCUGCCCCACCACCGACACACGCGCUUUCCGCCACUCACACGCACACCCCCCGUACGCACUGGCCCCGCUGCACUCCCCCGCAUCCCCAAUCCUCCCUUUUGUUCCUCCCCAGCAUGA